CCGCUACCACUUGGGUAUGAAUCGCCUAAAGAUAAGGCUUAUAGGAAGUUUGUAGAGCAGCCCUUAGUGCCGAUCGGAAUUGGCGCUACUAUAAUAGCAUUAACACGUGCAGCUAUGGAGAUAAGGAGAGGAAAUAGCAGAGCGGCUAACAAGUUCUUCAGAUACAGAGUCUACGCUCAAGGUGCAACCGUUGUAGCUGCAGUAGGCGGUAUGUGGUAUUACGGUACAGCCCAGGAGCAAAAAGGUGCCCGU